AACUCUUGUCGCAAUUUUGGCACGACCCCUCUCGCCCUCGCCCUCCUCUCCGGUCUCCUCGCCCGCCGCCGCCGCCUCUUGCCUCGCCGUGCACUGCACAGCCCAAGAUGUGGGGCAGCGCCGAUGGUGGCACGCCGGAGGUCACCCUGGAGACAUCCAUGGGCGCCUUCACCAUCGAGAUGUACUACAAGCACGCCCCCAAGACCUGCAGGAACUUCGUCGAGCUCGCCCGCCGCGGCUACUACGACGGCGUCAUCUUCCACCGCAUCAUCAAGGAUUUCAUCGUGCAAGGAGGGGAUCCCACUGGCACCGGCAGAGGUGGCGAAUCCAUCUACGGAUCAAAGUUUGAGGAUGAGAUUAGGCCAGAAUUGAAGCACACUGGCGCUGGAAUUCUGUCAAUGGCCAACGCUGGUCCAAAUACAAAUGGAAGCCAGUUUUUCAUUACUCUUGCACCUUGUCAGUCACUUGACGGUAAGCAUACAAUAUUUGGGAGAGUAUGCAGAGGAAUGGAAAUUGUCAAGCGCCUUGGGAGUGUCCAAACAGACAAAAGUGAUAGGCCCAUCCAUGAAGUGAAAAUCCUGCGGACUGUGGUCAAAGAUUGAAGCAUGUACGGAAUCUGCUUGGCGUCACUCAUGAUUUCUGAUAUUUGGUUGUAGCUGUUUCCUGCUUGAUUCCGUGCUUAUGUAAUGGCAUCGUUACAUCGUUUUGAAGAAGAGAAAAAAGCACUACUUCGUUUUUAGCUAGUCAUGAAUCGUGAUGUCCCAGUUAGCAAUGUUCAGUGAAGAAGUGGAGAUAAACCUUAUAAGAUAUUUCGAGCACAUCUGAUGUACUGCUAUUCUUUAUCAGUAAAUUAUCCACUCCUUCAGCUGAUACUCGAGUAUAUUUAAUGGUUGUGUUCUCUUGGUUAA